AUGUCAACCCCAGCCCGUAAACCCAGAAAGGAAACCGAAAACUGUAAGUUGUGAAAUCCCCGGAUUUAGCUACAAUAGUUUAUUUUUCAGACAAUUCCUCCAGAGCUCCUUCACACCUUCAGUGUCAGCUUGAAGUCUUUGAAUGCUGAUUUUGGAGACGUUUUCUCCCGACAGGUGGAUCAAAAAUUUUUGAACGCAAAAAUAUGAGCAAGGAAAAGGAAACUUCAUCACACUGAUCACUGGGACGAAAACAACUGGCUAAUAGACUUAAAUUUUUUCAACCUUUUUUUGUUGUUAUUUUUGAGAUUUUCGUUGUUAGAAUUUUGUACUUAUUUUUCGAUUUUUUUUCUGUUAGAUUUUGUUAGGAAUUUCAUCACAAUUAGUCAGAUGUUCUGUAAAUUUCGUGACUUUUUUGGUAAUUUUUGUUUUUUUAGUUUAUUUAUAAACAAAUUUUUGAGAAACAAUCGUAAUUUGCGUUUUAUAUGGUUAAACGGUAGGAAGGGGAAGGAGCGGGCUGCGAACUGCCAUUGCUGCAAGACCACGCAGGCGUCGCCUCCAAACCACGCAGGCAACGCGUUGAAACCACGCAGGGACUGGCAUUCUUGA